AGUUCACGCGAGACUGCUGCGGGUUUAUCGCUUCUGUCAGCAGCAGGUCGCUGACUCAGUUCUCUCCCUAUCUGCAUCAAUAAACGCCCUUUUUAAACCUGGACAUUAUUUACAGGAAUAUCUGAGUUUUUCACUGGCGGCUCUGGUUUCUCUUCUUGGUUGCGAUGGCAGAUCCGAAAUACGCCAAUUUACCAGGCAUUGCCUUCAACGAGCCUGAUGUGUAUGAGACCAGCGAGUUGCCUGAGGAUGACCAAGCACAGUUUGAGUCGGAAGAGCUGUGUAGUGACAGCGUGGAACGUAUUGUGGUCAACCCCAAUGCCGCUUAUGACAAGUUCAAAGACAAGCGUGUCGGCACUAAGGGUCUCGAUUUCUCGGAACGCAUCAGCAAGACUCGUAGAGUGGGCUACGAGUCCGGAGAUUAUGAGCUGCUUGCAGAGAGCUGUGGGGUGAAGGAAACACCUCAGCAAAAGUACCAGCGAAUCCUUAACGAGAUUCAGGAGCUCACACAGGAGGUGGAACACAUUCAGGUAAGCACUAAGGAGAGCAGUGCUGAGGAGCGCCUCACUCCUGUGGUUCUGGCCCAGCGGGCUGCUGAGCUCAAACAGCAGCUAGUCUCAGCCCACCUGGACUCGCUGCUGGGACCAAAUGCCCACAUCAACCUGGCUGACCCAGAUGGAGCACUUGCCAAGCGGUUGAUGACUCAGCUGGAGGUGGCACGGGGGAUGCGUAGUGGUGCAGGGGGAGAGGGGAAGGGAUCAGGACCCAAAGGGCCAGAUGGAGUUGUGCUGUACGAGCUGCACAGCCGGCCUGAACAUGAGCGAUUUACUGAAUCUGCCAAGAUUGCUGAGUUGGAGAGGCGGUUGGCGGACUUGGAGACUGCUGUAGGCUCGGGCUCAGAUAAGCAGGGUCCUCUCAGUGCUGGACUUCAGGGCGCAAACCUAAUGGAGACUAUGGAGCUACUGGAGGCUCGAGUCAGUGCUCUGGACGCAGCCACUUUGGACCAGGUUGAAGCCAGACUGCAGAGCGUUUUGGGGAAAAUGAAUGAAAUUGCAAAGCACAAGGCUGCAAUCGAAGAUGCUGAAACACAAAACAAGGUGUCACAGCUGUAUGACAUGGUGCAGAAAUGGGAUGCCAUGGCAACCUCCCUCCCUCAGGUGGUCCAGAGACUGAUAGCUGUUAAGGAGUUGCACGAGCAAGCCAUGCAGUUUGGACAGCUGCUGACCCAUCUGGAUACCACCCAGCAGAUGAUCAACAACUCGCUGAAGGAUAACAGCACAUUGCUCACACAGGUGCAGCAAACGAUGAAGGAGAACCUGGUCUCAGUGGAAGAGAACUUCGCUGCACUCGAACAAAGGAUGAAGAAAGUCUCAAAAUAGGAUUUUUUCCUCAAGUAGAGAAAGAGAUGGAGGGAUGUGCAAAAAGGUUGUUUCCUUGUUUUAAAUCUUGUGCUUUUUCUCCUCGUAAGCCUUUUCUUUCACAACGCUGAAUGUUGGAAAUAAAGUUGGAAAUGGUGUAGUUGAAGGUUGAGAGCAAAUGCGCCCCCAACACUACAGAGACCUAGUACUUUUUUGCACCUCCUUGUUUUUUAUUUUGGCUCUUUCUCAAGAGGAGGUGGUUAGCAACAUAUCUCAACCACUUGCCUAAAUUCCACUCCCGACUCCUGAUGGAGUUUUAGAAGAAUCAAUUCCAGAGGUUUUUUUUUCUUUCUGAAAUUCAUGGAAACUCAUUUUUAACUAGGCUUAAAUAACUGAAAUAGAUCAGACUGUGGUAAUUCAACGUCCUUAAGUAGGAAGCAUCUACGUAUUUAAAUGUUAGUUCACUUUUCUAUGAACGAGUUUCUUGGAGAGUCCAUGAAAGAAAUGCACAUAAGAGCCACUGCCUUUGGCCACCGUCUACAGGAAGAUGUUUCCUUAUUGAACAACGCUGUAUAUAAAUAUAUAAAUAUGCCUGUAUACUUUGAACUGUUAUCACACUCGGUUGCUUGUAACUGUUAUUGUAUUAUGAUGAUGAUAAUGGAUCUCCACAGGUUAUACUCAAGCUUUUGACACACAGUAUGCAUACAAACUUACAAUUGUCUUUCUCCAGACGUGAGAAUAAAUUUAACAUGCUUUGAGGAAA